AUGUCGCGGCUUCUUUCACGACGACUGCCUUUGCGGGCGCUGUUCCACGCUCGAUCCGUCCCAACUCUCAGAACAUAUGCUUCGACUUCUCCUAUCUCGCAGUUCAACUGGGAAGACCCAUUGGCUUCCAAGAACUUGUUGACAGAGGAGGAGCUGGCUAUCUCGGAAACGGCUGAGCGGUAUUGCCAGGAACAACUCUUGCCGCGAGUGCUUCAGGCGUACCGGGAUGAACAUUAUGAUCCCAAGAUCCUUGAGGAGAUGGGUAAGCUAGGGCUCCUCGGCGCCACCAUUGAUGGAUAUGGCUGCGCAGGCGUCUCGACUGUUGCUGGCGCGCUGAUCACCCGCGCGGUUGAGCGUGUCGACAGUGGUUAUAGAAGUAGCAUGUCUGUUCAGUCGUCCUUGGCCAUGGGGGCCAUCCACGAUUUUGGGUCGGCAGAGCAGAAGGAAAAAUAUCUCCCGGAAAUGGCCAAGGGCAAACUUAUUGGCGCCUUCGGCCUGACCGAGCCGAAUCACGGGAGCGACCCGGGUUCCAUGGAAGCCGUCGCGCGCGAGCACCCGCAAAAGAAGGGUUACUACCUGCUCACAGGAAUGACGGGCAAGAUUCGCGGCUUCCUCGUCGAUAGGAAGCAAUGCCCUGCCGGAACCGUCGAGACGCCUGCGAUCAAGAACAAGACGGGGCUCCGCGCAUCGAUUACCGGUAUGAUCCACCUCGAGGACUGCCCCAUACCCAAGGAGAACAUGUUCCCCGAGGUCGAGGGCCUCAAAGGACCGUUCACCUGCCUCAACAGCGCCAGAUACGGCAUCGCCCUCGGCGUCAUGGGUGCGUUGGAAGACUGUAUCGACAGGGCAAGGACGUACGCCCUCGAGCGGAAGCAGUUCAAGGGCAACCUGCUCGCCAAGUACCAGCUGAUCCAGAAGAAACUAGCCGACGCGGCAACCGACGCUGCCUACGGCACCCUGGCAGCCAUCCAGGUCGGCCGGCUGAAGGACCAAGGGAAGGCGACCCCCGAGAUGAUCAGCAUGAUCAAGCGCCAGAACUGCGACAGGGCUCUCCAUAACUCGAGGGUGUUACAGGAGAUAUUUGGUGGAAACGCUGUCAGCGACGAGUACAUGAUCGAUGGUGAUCUAACCCGAGGCAGGUCUGAUUCUCGGGCGGGCCAUUACUGGGGUCCAGGCCUUUGUGUAGGGAGAUAUUUGGUGCUCCGAAGCUACGUUCCGAGGUGGGCAUAUAUCCAAUCACAAUACCGGAUGCCCGGCAUUGCCUAA